ACAAAUGAUAAAGGGUGCCAUAGCUGCAUUGCCAGAUUGCAGAAUUUUCAUCACGAUCACCGGUAUUAGCUCCCAAGAUUUUUACAUACUUAUAUUUCAGAUUUGGAAAGCUACAGAUUGUUUUCUUGUUAUGAUUACUUUUGUAAUAAUGCAAUUUUUUUACGUCUAUAUAAUGCUUUUGACUGAAGCUGAUCUUUGUGUGUCGUUCCGUCUUCCUUUCAUCUUUCAUAGCAUUUUCUAGACAUUAGGCAAGCAUGUUUUUGAACAGACAUCCGAUCCAAUCAAAGCCAUUCCCACGCUCGCCAUCAAGAACCUCAUGUUGUUUCUUACGUCGCGUUCUCCAUCCUGCAUCAAUUUUGCAAUUUGCGAAAUGUGCACGUAUCUGUAUCUUCCUGUAACUUCUAAAGUUUAAGUGUGUUGACAAAAGCCAUACUGUGUUCCUGAUCAUCGUUUAAUCAAGAACAGCGUCGUGACAGUACUAUGCCUUUGUAUGAGCCAUAGGCAUAGGAAUAGAAUUUUCAGAUGAAAUUGGUGGUGAUGCUGGG